UUGCCAACUUUAACCCCGUCCUACUGGCUAUAUAAAUCUUUACUGAGCUUUGACUUUCACUUCUUAUUUCUGCUUCUUUUGCUUCACUGAUUACUUAUUGCUGUGCAGCUGUUCAUAUGAAACAGGACGAGACGAUACAGACUGCAGCUUCUUAUGGGAUGGCGGCUGUUGAUGUGAGAGAAGAGCUGAGCUGCUCCAUCUGCCUGAGUAUUUAUACCGACCCUGUAAUGCUGCCGUGUGGCCAUAACUUCUGCCAGGACUGCAUUGGGAAGGUGCUGGAUACCCAGGAGGGAUCUGGGGGUUACACCUGCCCUGAAUGCAGAGAGGAGUAUCAGGAGCGCCCUGCCCUGCACAGGAACAGGACUCUGGGUAACAUAGCAGAGAAAUUCCUUCCUACUCAGCCUGAGCCGGGGGAGACUGAGAUCCUCUGCACUUACUGUGACUCUCCUGUACCUGCUGUUAAAUCCUGUGAGCAGUGUGAGACCUCCCUGUGUGAUACUCACUUACACAAGCACAACAAGUCUGUACAACACACCUUAACUGAGCCCACCUGUUCCUUUAACAACAGAAAAUGCUCCAUCCACAGUGAAUUCCUGAGGUAUUACUGCUGUGAGGAUGAUGUCUGUGUCUGUGUGUCCUGCUGUCUGGCCGGAGAACACAGGGGCCACAGGGUGGAGCUGCUGAGUGAGGCCUCUGAGAAGAAGAAAGAGAAACUGGGGAAAGUUCUAAGGAAACUGAGCCUGGAGAGAGAGGAGACUGAGAGAGAAGCCAAGAGACUGCAGGAGGACAGCAAAGAAAAAGCAGCCGGCGGGACUGAGAAAUUCACUGCCUUGUUCAGGGACAUGAGGACAUGGGUGACUGACCUUGAGAAGCAAAUAUUGGAUGAGAUCUCUAGACAGAAAGAUAAACUUUCCCAUGAUGUCUCCGAUCAAAUCAAACAGCUGGAAAUAAAGAAGGAAGAUCUGGCCAGGAAGAUCCGUCACAUUGAGGAGCUGAGCAACAUGGCAGAUCCACUCACUGUCCUACAGGAACGGGAAUCACAUGGAGCUGCAUUCUGUGGGACUGAGGGGAGAGACGAUAUAAAGGUCCCUAUUGUAAUGGAUCUGGAUAAGGGACUGAUCUCAGACACAUUACUCAAAGGCUUAGCUAAGUUUAUGGUGUGGGGAAAAGAAAGUAUAUAUGGAUGGGAGGCUAGAGAUUUAUUACUGGAUAUCAGCACAGCAGGUAAACGUAUCGCUGUAUCACAGGACAAGAAAACUGCAUCUGAGUCUGACACUAAUCGCAAUUACCCAGACUCCGUAUAUAGGUUUUUGGAUUAUACUCAAGUUUUAUGCACCAGAAGUUUUGGAUCAGGGCGACAUUACUGGGAAGUGAAGACCAGUAAAUCGGGGGAUUGGGAUAUUGGGGUGGCCUAUCCCAGUAUAGAGAGACAUGGAGAUGAUUCAGGUAUAGGGUAUAAUAUUCAUUCCUGGAGUUUGUCCAAAUGUGGUGAUGCAUUUACAAUGUUACAUAACUCUGUUAAAACACCUGUAUCCCCCUCCUGUGAGAAAUUCAGAAUCUCACUGGACUAUGAGGCCGGACUUCUGUCCUUCUAUGAACUGAGUAAACCAAUGAGACACUUACACACCUUCACUGCCUCCUUCACUGAACCCCUGUACCCUGCAUUCUAUAUAAGUGACAAGGGCUGGGUGAAAUUGGAAGUUAAAACAAAUUUUUUCUGACCCUAUCUUGUCCCCAUGCCCUGACUGCCUGGGAUAUUGGCACACAUUUCUAGCUCCUCUUUUGACUAAUAUUUUAAUUGAGACGUUGCUGUUAAACUAAAAUGCCCAGAUUCUCUAUAGAGAAAAUAUUUUGUGCUUUACAUUUAAAGCGUGUGUAUCUGUUCAUUCUGCACUAAUAAACUGUUUCAUGACAACAAA